CACAAAGGGGAUGAAUACAUCUUUACUUCCCUGCCUCAGAGGCUCCUGCAGGCGCCUGGAGCGCCUGUAGGUGCAUAGGGUCACUCGUCCUUGGAGCCAUGCCCAGGUGCGCACGGACGCCCUUUGCUCUAGCACCCUUUGCCUACGCAGACCCGCGCGCCGCCGACACACCUCGCAGCUACCGGAGCGCGCCCGGCACUCAGGGCUCAGCGGCAGGUGCCUCGCCGCGCAGACUCGCCGGGCGCGGGGACCGGCUCGGGCGCGGGGCCGGCUGGGGCGGGGCGGCGGCGCGCGUUCCCCGCCGGCCACACCGGCCCCCCCUGCGCCCGGCGAGGGGCGUGUGCAGGGGCCUGGGACCGCGGGCCCCAUGUUCACGGAGCUGAGGACCAAGCUGAGCCCCCCGCGAGGCCGCACCGGGGCUGUGCGUGCCGGCUUCGGGGAGCGCCGGGAUGUGGACGCCACUGCCCACUUCAGCUUCUGCCGGACCCUCCUGGAGCACACAGUGUCAGCCGAGACCAUCCCCUGCCAUCUGCCUAGGACACCAAGCACCAGCCUCACUUGGCAUGACUCCCGCAGCCAGAGGGCAGUGGGUGGCCGGCCCGUCAAGCUCCUGCAGCAGCCUGGCACGGAGGGCCCCCAGGGCCGGCUGUACUCUGACCACUAUGGCCUGUACCACACGAGUCCCUCACUGGGCGGCCUGACGAGGCCUGUCGUCCUGUGGAGUCAGCAGGACGUCUGCAAGUGGCUCAAGAAGCACUGUCCCCACAACUACCUCGUCUACGUGGAGGCCUUCUCCCAGCACGCCAUCACUGGCCGGGCGCUGCUGCGGCUGAACGCGGAGAAGCUGCAGCGGAUGGGGCUGGCGCAGGAGGCGCAGCGGCAGGAGGUGCUACAGCAGGUGCUGCGCCUGCAGGUGCGCGAGGAGGGGCGGAGCCUGCAGCUGCUCAGCCAAGCUUCCUUUGGAAACGUGUCCUAGCUGCUGCCUGAGACUUGAACCCCAGACCCCAGCACUGUGACCGGAGCCCGGGGCAAGGAUGAGGCAGAGCUGGCUGAGCAGCCCCUCUUGGACCCUACAAGAGGCCCCAGGGGCUGAGCCUGGCCCAAUGGACAGGUGGGACUAGGAUUGCCACCUCCAGCCACCUCUGGUUGUGCACUCUGGGCUGUGCCUGGGAUUGGGCGGCCAGGGGCCGGGGGCUGCUUGAGUGUGGCCCCUCCUGCCAAGCCCACCCCCCGGUGCUGCUGGCAGCAUUUGGGGCAGCCACCUGUAGCCAGAGCGGGGUUUGGAUGUCCCCCUAGACUCCCAGGGAGUCUGUCUAUUUAUAUUCCCUUCACCUGCAUUGAUGUCUGUCCCCCAGUGCCAGCUGAGUCACGCGUCCUCUGGGCAUCCUGCCCUCUCCCAGGGUGAGAGGUCUGUCUGUCCGUCCACUCAUCUAGUUCUUUGCCGUCCCUCUGCACCUAGAGGACUGCCCACACAGGUGGGGUAAACUGCCGAGGCUCCCUUUGGCAUGUCCCCCUCCCCUGCCCCCGCCCCAGACUCAGCAGGCCCAACCCACAGCCCAGGUAAUCAGCAUCGGCAUCCGCUCAGCCAGGCACCGUGCCAAGCACUCAUUAGUUAUGACACCCUCCCCAUGUCCCCAUCUAUUCAUGGGAACUGAGGCAAGAGAGGGCCCGGGCUUGCCUGAGCACCCAAGCCCUCACAUGGCACAAUGAGGACCCCACGCCCAGCGCCCGGCACCAGGCUCCACUGUGUCUUGGCCUUAGUUUGGGAAGGUCUCCCUCCUCCCAGGGUCAUGGAGACUGCCUUCGAGGCACAGUCGUGGGUGGGUAUUCCCACUUCCCUUUUCCCAAGAAAACCCGGAUUCACAUAUGAAUCUGUUCUGAGGGCUGCACCCCCCAUGCCCGCCCACUGGAGACCCAGCCAGCACCUGAGCAACCAUUCCGUGGGCCAGAGUGCCUGAGGUUUGGGGCGGGUGCUGCCCAGGAGAGGGACAGUGAGGGUAGUCCUGGCAGCCCCCAAGCUCUUGCUCCUUGCCCUGCCACUCACCUAGGGGACUCUGAAAAUCUCAAGGACGGAUGAGACUAUGCCCCCAGCACCCUCUCUGUGCCCUGAGCUGGCUUUGGGAAGGGAGGCUGGUUGUUGCAGGUCCUGAGUGGAAUUUGAACAACGGGCCUGGUGCCCCCCAUCCGUGUGCCCCUCCAUGGGAAGACCCCUCGUGCAUUGUGGCUGCCCUGAGUGUCCCCGCCCACCUCAUGCCAUCACUACUCCGUCCUUUUCAGAGGCCUCUUCCCACACUCCUGUCUCAUCCUCCUUGUUUUGCGCUCACUUUUUUAUAUUCUGACAAAAAGACCAGAAAUAAACCUGGUUCUCAAGCGC